UUCCGAGACCAUCUUUCUCGCAUCCGCCAAAGCGAGUUCUUGAAGGCAUUAGGUAGAACCAGAGAGCUUGAGCAGCGUCGGCCGUCAACAAUGGCAGUAUGGCUAGUCGAGGAAGAGAUCGUCGGCAGCAGGACGAACCCUAGAAUCGCUUUGCUUAUUUUUGUUUGUGUUCCUGUCAAUUUGGUUUCUCUUCGAGGUGCUGCUGGUGCGAAAUUGAGACAACGGCGUUCCGGUGAUGCCACAGACGCGGGACAGGAAGGAAUCUCAGGGAGCUGUGGGGGUGCUGCACUCUACAUUGCUGCUUAUGCUCAUGGUUGAAAACCUUCUUCUGAAGAUAUUGCAAGUGGGCAACCAACCGGAGAAGCAAGGUUUUUGAGAGGGACGGAAGAACGCUUAGUUGCACUGCAGUACUAUUAGUCCAUCCAAGGCUCAACAAUAAUCCUAGAUGGAAGAAAUUCUCAUGAACUUGGUUCCUCAAACGAAGAGACAAUGCUAUGCAAACUAAUCAAGGGUACGAGAGGAUGAAACUGGAAGAUGAGGAGGGCAUCAUUCUUUGAUUCUUCACUUGUUACUCACAAUCAGGUGCUCGAAGCUACACGACUUUGUAGGGAGAAAUUUAGGUAUUGUGCUCAGUGAUUACUCUGUAUAAAGUACUUGAUCAAUGUGCAUUGUGUGUUCAUCAUUUACAACGCCGCUGAUUCUACCAUGUAAUGAAUUACAGCAAUGAAGCCAUAUCUGGUUGUGAUAAAUUGAAUAUUCAUUCUGAUAAGUCAUGUUGUAUCCAUCCAUGUAAGCGUUCUUUGAUUUGGUGAGUGCCAACCAAUAGCUGAAGAGUAAAUUGAAGGUCUAUACACAAGUUCCAUUAUGUCAGGCUGCUCCACAGUGACAGUAAGUCAGUGAUGCACCUGAAAAGGUGGAUGCAGCUUUUCGUGAGUCAUUCAAAGCAAUCACCACUGACAUCCAACAGAUUCGGUUAAAUGGCCUAUUGCCUGGAACACCCUUUGGCAGCGUUCCCUACACAACAUUGACACAUACCAGCACCAUAUUCCACCAAUAAUCCUUCCAUCAUUUCCAGCAUUCCUGCAAGAUGAGUCACCAGAUAUACCAUCUCCUUCCAUUCAUUAGCCACUGAAUCAUGGGGAAUAGGGAUUUCAAGAGCCAUUUUGCAUAGUCACAGCCACAGAACAGAUGGUUCAUUGUUUCAGUAUCUGCACUACACAACACACAUUUAUAUUCAUUGAUCACCCCCCACUCCUUAACAGGUUCAGUUAUUUAACUGAAUCCUCUGCUACUUUGCAAUUUGAUCCUGCUUUGGAUUGUGUCGGGGUACCUAGGAAAGAAAAAAAAAGGCUCAUCAUGAUAACACACGCAUUGGACAACAUUGUUUGACUAUGUCUGCCGGGGCAUGAAUGCAUGCUUACUCCUUCCAAAUUAAAAAAUAAUAAUCAGGUUGUUUAUGUUGCUUAAUGCAGGUCCACGAAACUAGUAACACCAGUUCUGAAGUCACCAACCGGGUAUAUUAGUAUGCUAUGCACAUAUGCUUGUGUCGUGUGCACCGAUAACCUACGGUGGGCACGCUUGAGUACCAUCUUCAUCAGCUUCGCAUUUGAGAGGUCUCGAGUGCAGGGUCUGGUUCUUGGGUGUGGGAAAAGAUAUUAAGAACCAGAGGUGUGGUCACUGAUGACCUACGGAUGUGCCCCGGGGGAGGGAUGAUAAUGAGAAGAUGCGGGAUGCAAUCAGGCCUCGACAUGAAAAAGUGAGCUGGCGGUUUACUCCUCCCCGGAUCAGUCUAAACUCUUGGGUCAGAUUGGACUGACAAUCACAGCAGCGCAGUGGCGAACCUUUAGCUCCAGUUUGUUUCCUUGUUCUACUCAUCGUUGGUCUUCUAUUUGGUUUAGAAGUAGUUAGAAUAGGUGCCCAGGUUCUACCAUGAUCUCACUUUUAAUCUCUCGACUAAAGGGUAUCCAGGCCCCAAUCUGUUUCCUUGUAGUUUGAAUUGGUCGAGUUGGAUUAGGACUGACUCUAAGGCAAGACCCGGGCAUGUAAAAGGUGGCUUAUAUAUAAGUUCAUUGUUCCCAACUCCCAAGCCUAGCCGUCUUCCUGCAUCCGCAAUGGCUUCC